AUGUCAUACCAGCCCCUCACCCGCGACGACCCUGACGAUGUCAAGAGCUACGGCUCCGUGGACUCCAGGGGGGUGUCGCCGUCCCUGAGCCCCACUGCGACUCUGCUGAGUAACGAGUUUGAGCUCCGGGACCACGAGGGGCACAAGAAGAACCCGUUCUCCGACAACGAAGCCGCUGCUUACUGGCGACAGGUCUACGAAGACUGCCAGUAUGAGUGUAGGCAUGAAUUCAACCCACAGCUCACGUGGUCCACGGAGGAGGAGAAGCGGCUGGUUCGCAAGCUGGACUGGAAAGUUUGCUUCUGGGCGUGCGUCAUGUUCUUCGGUCUACAAGUAGACCGGGGGAAUCUUUCCCAAGCUGUCUCUGACAACAUGCUUGAUGAUCUGGGCCUCAACACAAAUGACUAUAAUCACGGGCACUUGAUCUUUUUGGUGUCAUUUCUAUGUGCAGAGCUACCUUCACAGCUCAUCUCCAAAGCCCUGGGCCCAGAUCGAUGGAUCCCAAUCCAGAUGGUGGCAUGGUCACUCGUCGCCACCUCUCAGUGCCUGUUAACUGGCCGAGCGUCAUUCUUUCUUACCCGAAGUUUGCUUGGCUUUCUAGAGGGCGGUUUCAUUCCCGAUCUUGUGCUGUGGCUUUCGUAUUUCUACACGUCGCGUGAACUGCCGAUUCGUCUCAGCUAUUUCUGGACGACAUUGUCCAUAACAGGCAUAAUCACGUCUCUCCUCGCAUUCGCGCUUCUUCACCUACGGGGCGUGGCUGGCUGGGAAGGCUGGAGGUGGCUCUUCCUUAUCGAGGGUUUUAUCACCCUUGUUGUCGGCGUGUGGUCAUUCUUCAUGAUGCCUGCAUCUGCCGUUCAGACCAAGACAUGGUUCCGCCCAGACGGGUGGUUCACUGACCGGGAGGUGGCUAUUGUUGUUAAUCGCGUGCUUCGCGACGACCCAUCAAAGGGCGAUAUGCAUAAUCGUCAGGCUUUAACCCCUCGACGGCUCGGGGAGGCACUGAAGGAUUAUGACUUGUGGCCGCUUUACGCCAUCGGACUGGUUGCAUACGUGCCGCAGCACCCCCCGAGCAAUUACUUGACCUUAACGCUGCGUGCGCUUGGGUUUAGUACUUUUACUACCAAUCUUCUAACUAUCCCUUCAUAUACGGCCCACAUCAUCAACCUCAUCCUCCUCACUAGACUGUCGGAAUGGGCCAACGAACGAACGUUCGUGGCUAUCCUUCAGCCCCUGUGGACCCUUCCAUGUAUCAUUGCUUUAAGAUUCUGGCCACAUUUGUUUGAAGACAAGUGGGGCACAUAUGCUUUGGUGAUGGUUCUGCUAUCCUACCCAUACUGCCAUGCAAUCCUCGUGGGUUGGUGUUCCAAGAACUCCAACAAUGUUGGAACACGUACCGUUUCUGCUGCUCUCUACAAUAUGAGUUGUCAGACAGGAAGCAUUGUCUCUACGUAUAUUUACCGGGACGAUGAUAAGCCGCUAUAUCGUCGGGGCAACUCUGUCUUGCUCAUGUUUAACUUGCUCUCCAUUCUAGUAUUCGUGCUCACCAAGCUGUACUACGUCUCGAGAAAUUGGCAAAAGGCAAAAGUCUGGAACGCAUUAACUGAGGAGGAGCAGAUCCACUAUAGAAAGACCACUAAACUCCAAGGUAGCAGGAGAUUGGACUUUCAGUUUGCUCACUGA